AUGGCCACCUCUUCGUCGGGGUCUUCGUCGGCCUCCGCCUCUUUAUCGCCGUCUGGGACCGUCUCCGCUACUGAUGGCGGCCCUAGCAGCAAUCCAAGUCCCCCAUUCUUUCCAACACAGACCUCUAGCGGGGCAGCAGCCACCGGCACCCAGGAUCCAGGCCAGGGGCCACCAUCGUCGUCGCUCUACCUGUUCACGUUCCUCGCAACACUUUUCCUCCUGUUGGCGAUCUCGUCUGCGAUCAUCAUGCGCGGGAUUUUCCUUCGCCGACGUUUCCGCCGCCGUCUUGAGGAAGCCAUCGCAGCGGGCGUGCUGCUCUCCCCUACGGAGGAGGCCGCCGGCGGCUUCGGCCGAGGCAUGGGCGGACGGCGCAAGCUCAAGCGGCCGACGCUCUUCGACGUAACCGUCCUCCCGCCGUACUUUUCCACCGGGAGUCCGCAGGCCGGAAAGUGGGAGCGCGUUAUGCCUGUCACAGCGAGCGUAGCGUCCGAAAAGCCCGGGCUGGACCCGUUACCUCCCCCCGAACCGACACAGCCAAGUAACCCCCCACCCCAACCACGCCUCACUGCGCGAAUGCUGCUUGAACGAGCUGGCUACAUCAUUCCUCGGGCACGACUGCGCCGGGCUACACCGCCUACACCGCGAAACGAGACGUCAGGCGCGGGCGCAGGCUCCGUGCCGCCGUCCCCAGGAAUCCCCAUGGUGCAGAGGGAUCCGGUCUUGCGCGCCGCGGAGGUCAAUGUCUCCGUCAUCAUUGCAAUGCCAAACCCCCACCGUUCGGCGUACGCGCCUCCGGCGCCGACCCAGGCAGGGGUGCGCCUGAGCGACACGGCGAAGGGCAAGGCGCGCGAGAGCGGUGCGUGGGAUGAUGUUGAGGAAGAGGGUGUUCCGGACGUCGUAGUGGGAUCCGCAACGGUGCUCAUGACCAGCGAGGAUACGCGCGCGCGCGAGUCUUCGUGACAGAUUCGGCCGUCUCUAUCGCCCCUGCCCGCCCGUACGGUGGUUAACACUAUGUCCUCGACCACCGACAAACUCCACCAUCAUGCAUCAAUACUCUAACCUUCCGCGCGCCGCCCGCACCCGCAUUGCUACGCUGAUGGACCGCUCACUUGCCCCCUCCCGCCCACGACGUUACGAAUUCGUUCAUGUAGAAUUGUACACUGUACUCUAGCAGCGGCUUAAUAUGUAACCCUGUAUCAUCCCUUCGGAUAGACCGUACUCCGGACAUUGCAUAUAUACAUUAUGUUAUAACCUUUGUGUUUCCA